ACACAUUAUAAAUCCAGCGAGCUGUGGCUGCAGGAUGUGUUUCAGCAGUUUGCAGUAUAGCUUUGUCUGUACCUCAGUGCUGCAUGUGGAGUGAGUGGGCCUGACUGAAAUAAAUCUUUCAGAACAGCCUAAAGCUAACUGGCACUCGUCAUACAUUAUGUAUGACGGUUCAUCGUGUUGCCCAUCUGCUAAAUUCUUAUUGCAGGUCCAAUCCAAUCCUCUGUAUCAGCCGGCGUGAAACCUACUGUACCGACCAGGUUGACCUGAGGUGGCACGAAGCCUUCUGCUGCUCCUCCUCCUCCUCCUCCUCCUCAGUGUGAAGUCACGCUUUCAUCUGCAGGCUUCUCCUCUACAUUUCUUUACUGUCGUGAUUAAAUCUAAACGCUAAACGCAUGUACAAAUAAGAACUUCAUGUUCUUUUACUGUGUAUUUUCUUAUUAUUCUGCUAUUUUAUACUUCCACACGUUUAUAUUUGAUUGAAAAAUAUUGUUCUUUCUAUUCUACUCAAUUUAAUUCAGAGCUGGAGUUACAGGUUAGGUGGAUUAAAAGUUUACAUAGCAAACAGAAGGUAAGUUUACAACAUAUGAUGCAAAAUAUGAUGCACUGUUAUAGAUUAAACCUGAAAGGUUCCUUAUUUAUUUAUAUAUUCACUUCCAUAUUUUUACCUAAAUAACCUUUUAAUUCUGAACUUUUACUCAUAAGGGAGCAUUUCUACAUUCCUAAAAGUAUUUUCAAGGAACUUGUGUUUGACUGUUGUCUUUUUUACGCAAUUUUUAUAUAGUUUAUUUGGCAAGAGAAGCUUUUAAGGUUAUAAAAAGUAUUUUGUUAUUUUUAUUAAACAAACAUUUUAAUUGAAUACACACAUUCAUACUUGCCAUUUUUCUAUAAAAUGAUUAAUUUUACUUGUAUUACUUUCACAUUAUUGUAUGAUACGUUUACUUAAGUUAAUUGUAUGAAUCCCUUGGUUCCAUACUGUCCACAACCUGUUAUAUAACUAAGCCGUGCGACUUUAACUGUUUGCAUCUGGGCAAAGUGAAUAAUUUAUUUCUGCUGAGCCGACACCUCAUGUCUCGAAGUAGCUUUUUCUGAUGAUGAGUCUAAUUUUUAGCAAAAAUAAAUCCAAUACACCUCAUUUUAAACUGAUGAUCGGGCAUUUCUGCUUCUUUCCCACACGCUCGCUCUCCCUCGCUGCCUUUGUACGAGAAUCCAAAGGAGACAUUAAUGUAAACAUCUAACUUCAAAGUGUUUCACUCAGCAAAACCAUCGUUCACAUAUGUUCACAUUAACGUUUUCAACUUGAUAUUCUCUAAUCAGCCGUUUUUUAAAAGCUGAAGUAACAAAAUCACAAAGUUUCCAGGUCUUGUACUUUCCCGUCAGGUUAGUCACUCUCUCUGUUGCAACAACUGCGUGUCCUCGACAAAUGUCUGUGUGGUGACGGGUCAGUGUUUGCUCAGUGAGUAAUGAUUAGACUGAGGGGGGGGGGGUUCUGAGCCCCAAGUAAUUUGCAAGAGAGAGCACUGCUGAAUCUGAUGUAAAGAGCAGAGCGGCUGAUACAGAUUCAACUAGAAAACAAGACGUGAUGAACGCCCUUUUCGCCUUCCUUUGCUUGGCAUACUUCUGCCAUGGUGCCCUGUCCUGCCCGGCUCUUUGCAAGUGUUACUCCAGAAGAGCUGAGGUGGUGUGCAACGAGGUUCCCCUGACAGUGUUCCCCUCCGAGGGUCUCCCGAGGAACACCACCAUGCUCACGAUCCAGCUGACCAACAUCACCUCCAUCUCGGAGAGGCACCUGAGUGCCACGCCCCUGCUGCAGGAGCUCCACCUGUUCAGCAACCACCUGCAGCACCUUUCCUCCAAUCUCCUCCGGGGUGUUCCUCACCUCAGCACUUUGGAUCUGACAGAAAACAAACUGGCCGAGCUGCCAGCCGACGUCUUCAGCCACGCUCCGCUCCGCAGCCUGGUGCUGAAGGACAAUCUGAUUGAGACGGCGGAUGCAGAGUGGCUUCCUGAUAACAGCACUCUCACCUGGUUGGAUUUAUCUCGAAAUCGAAUGAGAAAGGUCCCGACUGCUCUGCUCCAGAAGCUGCCGCAGCUCGAGAGUCUUGACCUCUCCAACAACCGUCUGGAGACGAUCUCUGCAAACUCCCUGGACGGGCUCACCAAACUGGAGAGGCUGAACCUGCAGGACAACAAACUAGAAACCCUGGAUGCAUCUGUACUCGAGAGCACCCGCAACCUCACCUACCUGUUCCUCUCUCGCAACAAGCUCAGCAAAAUCCCCCAGAAGCUGUUUCAGGAGCUCACUGAGCUCAAGAACCUGUAUCUGGAAGACAACCAGCUGAGCCACAUCCCUCCAGGUUCUCUGGACCGGCUGAGCUCCCUGGACGAGGAGGGUCUGGACCUGACCUCCAACCCCUGGCAGUGCGACGGGAAGGUGGAGUACCUGUGGAGGUGGCUGCAGAAGAACAAGAAGAAGGUGUUCCUGCCACAAACCAUCAUAUGUGCUUCACCUCCGUCUUUAUCUGGGCGGUCGGUGAUGUCGCUGACUGCGAGUGAACUAAAUCUUCAGUCGUAACCAUUUCCAUCGUCGUGUUGGUUAUUAUCUGACACGGUAAAGUUGACAGUUCAGCCUGUCAAACGUUUCAAUAAAUGAAUAAUUGUAUUGGUGUAACAUGAGUGUAUAAUUAAAUGUGAUUUAGAGUAAAA